UCAAACUCUUUCCUUUCCCAGUAAGUUGCUUUCGGUUUUCGCGACGUGUUGCGGUUCAAGUACUAGCAAAUUUUCGUAAAAUCCGUUGGAAAAAUGCAAGGAGUUGCAAUAUUCAUCGACGCAGAGAUCGAGGACCAGGCCCAAGAGCUGCGGAAGUUUUUUAAAAAGCUUGGUGCUGAGAUCAGCGAAGAAAAAUCCUCUAAGGGUAUUGAGGAUGAUUUACAUAAGAUCAUAGGCGUUUGUGACGUGUGCUUUAAAGAUCCAAACCCACAUACGGUGGAAGAGAUUGAUGCCGUUUUGAACAGCGUCGUGUCCAUUAUUGUUUCGAUUCCAUUGGAAAGAGGAGAAAAUUUAAUUCUGGCUUUUUGCGAAAAGAUGACGAAGGCACCUGAUCAAACUUUGGCUCGAGUUUGCCUGCAAUCACUUUGGCGUCUGUUUAGUAACUUGGAAGCCACUUCUCCAUUGCGAUAUCAUGUUUAUUACCAUUUGGUCCAGGUAGCUAAACAAGCAGACCAAGUCAAAGAAGUGUUUUCAGGAGUUGAUCAACUUAAGACACAGUUUACUCAAUGUCCACCAUCCAAUGAGCAAAUGCAAAAGUUGUACCGAUUGUUGCAUGAUGUCCUGAAAGACAGCAAUAGUGAGUUAGCCUCUAAGGUUAUGAUUGAGCUACUAGGAACCUAUACAGCGGAGAAUGCUUCGUAUGCACGCGAAGAUGCGAUGAAGUGUAUUGUUACGGCCUUGGCUGACCCAAAUACUUUUUUGUUGGAUCCCUUACUUUCUUUAAAACCGGUUCGAUUUCUGGAAGGUGAACUAAUUCACGAUCUGCUGUCAGUAUUUGUCUCGGAGAAGCUGCCAAGCUACCUUCAGUUCUAUAAGAAUCACAAAGAGUUCGUUAAUUCACAGGGAUUGAACCAUGAGCAGAACAUUAAGAAAAUGCGUCUGCUCUCAUUUAUGCAACUCGCAGAAAGUAAUCCGGAGAUGACAUUUCAGCAAUUGCAGGACGAGCUGCAAAUCGCUGAAAAUGAUGUGGAACCUUUCAUCAUCGAGGUACUGAAGACGAAAUUAGUUCGAGCUCGGAUGGAUCAGAAGGCUCGUAAGGUGCAUAUUUCCAGCACCAUGCAUCGGACUUUUGGAAGGCCACAAUGGCAACAGUUGCGCGAUUUGUUGUAUGCUUGGAAAGCAAAUCUUACCGUUGUUCAGGAAAACAUGAAAUCCGUUGCCGAAGCACAGGUUGAGCUAGCACAUAAGCAGUAAAUCAAUAAAUAAUUUAGUGAGUCUUCAAAGAAAAACAUUUUUUAAUCCACCUAGUGGUGUAAUUAUGCCUUUCUCAUAUUACUUAUAUUUUCCAAAGCAUAACUAGAAGAUUCUUUCGAGAUAUUCUCUUUCAAACUUGAAUAAAAUCGAAAACAUUCUUUUGGUAUAAACUACCAUAACCUUUUCAA